AUGAGGAAGACGCAGAAAUGGGACGAGAAGAAGGAGAAGCGAGAAAGGGUGGCGGCCAAGAUAACGGAGAGGUUCGAGGGCAUCUUGGCGAAGGAGGAGGCAUGUGUCAAAUGUUCCAAAAAUGAAGAAGAAAAGGACAGAGAGGGAAUACCACAGGCUAUUGGAGUCGUUCGGCUGGUCGCCUUCCUGACUGGUGUCCUCACAUCAGUGACCUUUGUUGUGCUCAUCAAGUUCUUGGCCAAGUCAAAAUAUGGAUUCAAUGAUCUUCAGUUCCGCGGUUCAUUGGAUGAUCAACCACGGUUGGUACACUCUCUAACCAUUACGAUGUCGUUUGUAAAGAUCGCCAGAUCCAUUGGCAUCUUGCCAUACAACACCGGGUGCCUCAAAGUGUUACUCCUCUUCAUACUUGCACCAACUACGGCGUCUUCCACCGGCUGCCCCUCCCCAACCUUCAACGGAGCACUUGAGUUCUCAUUGUUUCACAGGGACCAUCCAUGCGUCCAGCAACACCUCGGCAAUACGAGGUCAUCUGCAAACAUCGUUGAGAUGGACCUGCCGCUGCCGAUUGACUUGAUACAGAAUGACGAUAUAAACAACUUCCUCUUUCUGAUGCCCAUCAAGCUGGGCACACCACCGGUCUGGAAUCUCGUGGCAGUUGAUACUGGAGCCUCACUUUCUUUUGUUCAGUGCGAACCAUGCACUCUCCGGUGCCAUGACCAAUCCAAUGCCGGUGAAAUAUUCGACCCCAGCAAGUCAUCGAGUUUGACGCGUGCUAGGUGCUCGGAAGAAUUCUGCAACCUGAUCCACCGGGCGCUACGUCUUCAAACCAAAGCAUGCUUGGAGGAAGAGAAUACUUGCCUUUACACCAUGACGUUUGGAGCAUCAUCUACAUAUUCCACGGGCAAGGUGGUGUGGGACAGGCUCGCAAUCGGCCAGUAUGCCAAGGGAUACAACUUCCGUAGUUUCAUCUUCGGCUGCAGCUUGGACACAGAGUACCACCAGUAUGAAGCUGGCAUACUGGGAUUUGCUGAUGAGGCAUUCUCCUUCUUUGAACAAGUAGCACCACUGGUCGGCGGCUACAAGGCCUUCAGCUACUGCUUUGCAAGUGACAAAAGGAAGACAUGCUACUUGUCCAUGGGGAAUUACAGUCGUGUCAGCUCCACUUCCUACACUCCCUUGUCCCGGGCUUUUCAACGAUCAACGUAUGCAUUGAAGCUGGAUGAGGUGCUUGUCAAUGGGGUCGCGUUGGACACAACCCCCGCAGAAAUGAUUGUAGACACUGGGGCUAAAUGGACAAUACUGUUGUCGGAUACCUUCACCCAACUUGAUGCAGCAAUCACCAAGGCUAUGCGACCUCUAGGAUAUAAUCGCAGCUAUUAUAGGGGAUCAGAUUAUAUCUGCUUCGAGGAUGCCCACUUUCAACAGUUCAGCAAUUGGGCCGCUUUACCAGCAGUGGAGCUGAAGUUCUACAUGGGUGUUACACUGACUCUACAACCCCAGAGCUCAUUCCACUUUCAUAACGACUAUGGACUAUGCACGUACUUCAAUUCGGAUGACAAUCUGGGAAGCGGUGUGCAACUACUAGGAAACACGAUGACACGGUCUGUUGGCAUCACAUUUGAUAUCCAAGGGGGUCAAUUUGCGUUCCGCAAGGAAGACUGCUGA